CCGAAGGUGUAAAUACUUUACUAACAGCGGAAAGUAAGAUUUUCCUAGUUAGGACAGCAUAUAGGGAAACGUUAAGGAAUAUAGGCACCGGAGAGGUAACCCAGAUCGAAGGGGUGGCGAGAAAAGGGAAAGGCGAGACAGGUUGAGACUGAGCGGGGCUAAUUGAAGCAACGCCGAGAUGGCGGGACCGCGGACUGGAUUUCGACUUCCAAAUUCCCACUAGGGAUGGGAAUCUGAGGGUUGCACAGCACGAAUUAUGCAUUGUUUGACCCUUCCAGCACCUUUUGAGAAACUACUCUGUCAGGUCCACCUGUUAGGCACUAGACGGGGAGGUAGUGUAGCAAGGGAGAUGUGGCGGACAGAAAGGGCAGGGAGGCUCUCUGAGGAGCGGAUGGAGGAUCGUGGGCCGCUUUGCUAAGAAGGAAAAGACCCUGCGAAAAGGAGGGGUGUCCACUUGGUCCCGUCAGCCCGACCCCACCUGGACUGCUGGGGUCACUUGUGGUCGCCGGAAGGUGUCACCUCUAACUCGGGACUACUUCGUGUCGGGUUUUUCUACCUCUCCCGAGUUCUUUGGAUCUCAGAACGGAACCACGUGAGUCCUGGCUCAGUCGGUUCCCGAUUCUGGUCCCCGGCCCCCAGCAGCGCCUGCCCCCUUCCCACCGGGGCCCCCCAUGAUGCCACCACCCUUCAUGCCCCCUCCAGGGAUCCCCCCACCCUUUCCUCCAAUGGGGCUACCCCCCUUGAGUCAGAGACCACCAGCCAUCCCCCCCAUGCCACCUGGCAUCCUGCCCCCAAUGCUUCCACCAAUGGGGGCGCCACCACCACUCACACAGAUACCAGGAAUGGUUCCUCCGAUGAUGCCAGGAAUGCUGAUGCCAGCGGUGCCCGUCACCGCAGCGACGGCUCCGGGUGCGGACACCGCCAGCUCUGCUGUGGCUGGGACAGGCCCUCCGAGGGCCCUAUGGAGUGAGCAUGUGGCCCCAGAUGGGCGCAUCUACUACUACAAUGCUGACGACAAGCAGUCCGUGUGGGAGAAGCCCAGCGUGCUCAAGUCCAAGGCAGAGCUGCUCCUGUCCCAAUGUCCCUGGAAAGAGUACAAGUCAGACACAGGAAAACCUUACUACUAUAACAACCAGAGUAAAGAGUCUCGCUGGACCCGGCCCAAGGAUCUGGAUGACCUAGAGGUUCUAGUCAAGCAAGAGGCUGCAGGGAAACAGCAGCAGCAGCUGCCACAGACACUUCAACCGCAGCCGCCUCAGCCACAGCCUGACCCCCCACCUGUACCUCCUGGCCCCACCCCAGUGCCCACAGGCCUCCUGGAACCUGAGCCAGGUGGGAGUGAAGAUUGUGAUGUGUCGGAGGCUACCCAGACCCUGGAGCAGGGGUUCCUGCAGCAGCUGGAGGAGGGCCCCAGUAGUUCUGCUGGACAGCAUCAGCCACCACAGCAGGAGGAGGAGGAAUCAAAGCCAGAACCAGAAAGGUCUGGCCUGAGUUGGAGCAACCGGGAGAAGGCAAAGCAGGCAUUCAAGGAACUGCUGAGGGACAAGGCUGUCCCUUCCAAUGCCUCAUGGGAACAGGCCAUGAAGAUGGUGGUCACUGACCCCCGUUACAGUGCCUUGCCCAAACUCAGUGAGAAAAAGCAGGCAUUCAAUGCCUACAAGGCGCAGCGGGAGAAGGAGGAGAAGGAGGAGGCCCGGCUAAGGGCCAAGGAGGCCAAGCAGACCCUGCAGCAUUUCCUGGAGCAGCAUGAACGCAUGACCUCCACCACCCGCUACCGGCGGGCAGAACAGACCUUUGGGGAGCUGGAGGUCUGGGCUGUGGUCCCUGAGAGGGAUCGAAAAGAGGUUUAUGAUGAUGUCCUCUUCUUCCUGGCGAAGAAGGAGAAGGAACAGGCCAAGCAGCUCCGGCGUCGCAACAUCCAGGCCCUAAAGAGCAUCCUGGAUGGGAUGAGUAGUGUCAACUUCCAAACCACGUGGUCCCAAGCCCAGCAGUACCUCAUGGAUAAUCCCAGCUUUGCACAGGACCAUCAGCUGCAGAACAUGGACAAGGAAGAUGCACUGAUCUGUUUUGAGGAGCACAUCCGAGCUUUGGAGAGGGAAGAGGAGGAAGAACGGGAGCGGGCCCGGCUUCGGGAGCGACGCCAGCAACGCAAGAAUCGGGAGGCCUUCCAGACCUUCCUGGACGAGCUGCAUGAGACAGGGCAGCUACACUCUAUGUCUACCUGGAUGGAGCUGUAUCCAGCAGUCAGCACUGAUGUCCGUUUUGCCAACAUGCUGGGCCAGCCGGGCUCCACCCCUCUGGACUUGUUCAAGUUCUAUGUGGAGGAGUUGAAGGCACGAUUCCAUGAUGAAAAGAAGAUCAUUAAGGACAUCCUUAAGGACCGGGGCUUCUGCGUGGAGGUGAACACGGCCUUUGAGGACUUCGCCCACGUCAUAAGCUUUGACAAGAGGGCUGCCGCGCUGGACGCAGGCAACAUCAAGCUGACCUUCAAUAGUCUGCUGGAGAAAGCAGAGGCGCGGGAGAGGGAGCGGGAGAAGGAGGAGGCACGCAGGAUGCGGCGCAGGGAAGCUGCCUUUCGAAGCAUGCUGAGGCAGGCUGUGCCUGCUCUGGAGCUAGGCACUGCCUGGGAAGAGGUCCGUGAGCGUUUUGUGUGUGACUCAGCCUUUGAGCAGAUCACCCUGGAGUCGGAGAGGAUCCGGCUCUUCCGGGAAUUCCUACAGGUGCUGGAGCAGACUGAAUGCCAGCACCUCCACACCAAAGGCCGAAAGCAUGGCAGGAAAGGCAAGAAGCACCAUCACAAGCGUUCCCACUCACCCUCGGGCUCUGAGUCGGAAGAAGAGGAGCUGCCCCCACCAUCUCUCCGGCCCCCCAAGCGGAGAAGGCGGAACCCCUCAGAGUCAGGCUCUGAGCCCUCUUCCUCACUUGAUUCAGUUGAAAGUGGGGGUGCUGCCCUUGGAGGACGCAGCUCCCCUUCCUCCCACCUUCUUGGAGCAGAUCAUGGCCUUCGGAAAGCCAAGAAACCAAAAAAGAAAACUAAGAAGAGAAGGCACAAGUCGAAUAGUCCUGAGAGUGAGACAGACCCCGAGGAGAAAGCUGGCAAGGAGAGCGAUGAGAAAGAACAAGAACAGGACAAGGACAGGGAGCUGCGUCAGGCAGAGCUCCCUAACCGUUCCCCAGGCUUUGGAAUCAAGAAGGAGAAGACAGGCUGGGACACGUCGGAAAGUGAGCUGAGUGAGGGUGAGCUGGAGAGGCGGCGGCGGACACUCCUACAGCAGCUGGAUGAUCACCAGUGACCCGAUGAGCUGCUCUCUGCCUCGGGUCUGUGUGAGGCUGUGGCUCCUGGGCCACCCUCACCAUCUGCCUCAGACUUCUUCCUUAGUCUGGUCUGUGUCCACUUUUUCUAAAGUAACCCCACCCCCAGCACACCAUCGUUGGCACCUCUCAAGGAUGCUUUUGGUGUUGAAGGGUCUCCUACUCCCCGGACUAGUGCAGUCCUUGCCCUCAGCCCCAGACCAGAGAUGGGUGGUAUAUGCCAUGUGGGGUGGGUGAUGCCAGUAGAUAAAGUGUGAGAGAAGGGGUCUCCAGGGAAGAGUGACAGGCUGGUGGACACAGCCUGGGUAGCAGAGGGCAGGGUCUUCACCCUCUAGCAUCUGUGCCUGCUCCUGCCUGCCCUGAGGCUCCACCACUUCUUCCUCCACCCAGGACCUAAUGUAUGUGUGUUUUGUUUUUGUUUUUUAAAUAACAAUAUUUAUAACAUGG